CGCUGCGUGUCGCGGCGCGCGCGCACCCGGGCCUGACGGCGCGUCCUCCUCGGCCGUCCGCACGCGCCUCUCGGAAGCUCGGCAGUGCGCGUGCGCUGGCGCCCGCUCUCCAACUUAGAAAAGACACAGCCAGUGGUUGCCCGGGAGGGGUGGCGGGAGCAGUCCCCGGAAACAAUCCCUGUCCUCUGUCUCCGGGCACUGGCGAGGUCGCGCCUCCGCGGGGCCGAGACCUGUAAUGGCCAGAUAUCAAGGUGAAGUUCAGAGUUUGAAACUGGAUGAUGAUUCCGUUAUAGAAGGAGUAAGUGACCAGGUACUUGUGGCAGUUGUGGUCAGUUUCGCUUUGGUUGCUACCCUGGUAUAUGCACUUUUCAGAAACGUACAUCAAAAUAUUCACCCGGAAAACCAAGAGCUAGUAAGGGUGCUUCGAGAACAACUUCAAACUGAGCAGGAUGCACCCGUUGCUGCUCGACAGCAGUUCUACACUGACAUGUACUGUCCAAUCUGUUUACAUCAAGCCUCCUUCCCUGUUGAAACAAACUGUGGACACCUUUUUUGUGGUGCCUGCAUUAUUGCUUACUGGCGAUACGGUUCAUGGCUUGGGGCAAUCAGUUGUCCAAUCUGUAGACAAACGGUAACUUUACUCCUGACGGUAUUUGAUGAAGACGAUCAUUCUCAGGAUGCUGUACGAUUGCGUCAGGAUAUUAAUGAUUACAACCGAAGGUUCUCGGGGCAUCCCAGAUCUAUUAUGGAAAGAAUUAUGGAUCUACCCACUUUACUGAGGCACGCAUUCAGGGAAAUGUUUUCAGUCGGGGGCCUUUUCUGGAUGUUCCGCAUUCGGAUAAUACUUUGUUUAAUGGGAGCUUUUUUCUACCUUAUAUCACCUCUAGAUUUUGUGCCUGAAGCCUUGUUUGGAAUUCUAGGCUUUCUAGAUGAUUUCUUUGUUAUCUUUUUGUUGCUUAUCUACAUCUCUAUUAUGUAUCGAGAAGUAAUAACCCAAAGGCUAACCAGAUGAAAAAAAAAAAUGAGUUUACUAGAUUAGAAUACGUGAGCUAAUGUAUAAAAUGAAACAAAAGGACCCAUGGCAGUAUAAAGCAUUUGAAUAUUAUCUCACAAGCUUAAAACCCCUAUAUGACAAGCAUUUGAUUAUCAUUUGACAAAUGCCUAGCAAUAUAUAACUGGAACUUUUACAUGUGACAGGCUCUGAUGUUUAGAAUUAUAGUGAUCUACAGUUAUAUCUUGAUUCUGUGUUGUCUGGAAAAAAUAUGGAAUUACAUAAAAAGGGAUGCUUUUAUAUCCUUUUCUUUUCCCUAAAAUUACUUAAAUUGGAUGUAUAGUAAGAUAUUGUCAAAUGUACUGUUUAUCCAAUUUAUCCUCCUCAGUGGGUACCUGUAUGAUAAUAUAUAGCUAUGAAACGCAUCUAAAUAUUUUUAUUACAAUAAAAUCUUAUACAAUUUGGGGGAAGGUCCGUGUUCUUUGAGUGCUAGCUCAGUUUUGUGCAUUUGGAGCAGUCCUGCUCUUUCAUUCUGGUAUAAUUCUGUUAUCAGCUACAACUGAAAGAAGAAACUUGAACUUUAUAAUUUGAUUUCAUAUUCUGGUUUACAGAACACUUUUUAAUCAUCAGAGAAAUUAAGAUGAAAAAUAUUUAUCUCCAGUCAGCAUACUUGAUGUUUGCAGUUAUAACAUUUAAACAAGAGCUUGGUCCUUUUGUAGGAGUAGAUACAAAGUAACUUAUAAAGGGAAAAUUUUUUAAGAAGCUGUGUGAUACUGCACACACACAGCAGUGUGAUGCAUUUCUGAGGACAGUGGGUCUUCGUAUUUAUAAGCAGCGAAGCGUUUAGGAAGGCUAGGAACACUGUAAAUUUGACAAAAGAAUUUACUGGUUAGCUCUAGCAACAGUUGGACAAAUUUGGUUUUCUGUUGUCAGGAAACGUUUGUAAUAUUCUCUGGAGAUGGCAGCAUCACGUCCUACGCAGUGAAUGAACGUGUCAGAGAAGAAUCAACACCACAAGUGUUAGGAGAUCCUUGCUCAUUUCAGCCGGCCGUGCUCGUUAGUGAAUUCAGGACUGCAGGCUGUAAGGUGACGCCCAGGAGUUGGUGUGACCGCUGCCAUCUGCAGUCACUGGUACUGCUGUUCUCCGUUCAUUAGUGAGCCUCGCUAUGUGUAAGAGCAUAUAAGGAGAAAAAUCUGUCACAGCCCCCAGAUUAAUCAGAUUAGCCAUCAACUAGUGAGAUUCUGAAUGAAACAUAAAUUUGUGUUUUCCAGUUUGGACCCAGGACAAACAAUAAUGCUUGGACAGAGCACAUCAUACUUAACACAGUUUCUUGCACAUUUGUCAUUUUAUCCUUAGACCAAUUCUGCGAGGAGGGCAGGGCUCCACCUUCCUCUUCACAGAUGACAUGCCAUGCUAUUAAUGAAAGGUUUUUGCCUGAAGUCACACAACAAAUAAGUGAUUGAACUGGUAUUAAACUCUUAGUAGGACUCCUGCAUAGGAUGUUUAGAUAAACAUGAAGGUCACUAUGGCGAGGAGAAGGAAGAGAGAACCAGGGGUCCAUUAGAAGUCUUUCAGAGUAUGUCACUCCUUCAUCGGAGUAGGAUAGCUUAGGCGCUCCUAGGAGGAAAGGUCUAGAAAGAUGACACAUCAAGACUUCAUGAAUCCUAAAUCUACACUAAUAAAUCAAGUGUCUAAUAGGGUGGCAUACAUCAUAGAAAAGCAUUUCAGCUGCAGUCACCAACGUGAAAAGCUAAGGAGCAGAACUUUGUUACACCACCAUUUAUACCAGACUGGAAAUGCAUUUUCUACCAGUUACAAAUUUGGUGUGGGGCUACAGCAAUGUCGUUUCUUGACAGGAUUUUAUUUUCUGUGCAUGUGUUUGGUUCCAAGUGUGACAUUUUUGGUUACAAUAAUUUUAUUGUAAUAUUUGGAAUUACUGCUAAGAUUUUCUUUCCUAAUAUAAGAGGUAUAUUGUACCAACUUUUUUAAUGUACAAAAACACUGUAUGAUCUGAAGUGUUAUGAAAUUGAAAAGGGUGUGGGCUGACAUCUGAGAAUUUUAGAGAUGUUUGUUUUCACCUUUGCGGAUCACUGAUGACAAAUGCAGAAGGAAUCUGAGAGAAUACUUAAAGCAAGUAGAAUCAAUGUUUUAAACAUCAUAGUAAUACUUCUGUGAUUCAGAGUUAGAUCAUAUAAAUCAAAGCAACAAUUUGCAUUUUUUUAAACAAUAUUGUAACUGUCACAAAAACAGAUGGUCCAACCCCAGGAGCAGAUAAUAACUUGCGCAGCUCUGUGGGGAACAAGACGGGUGAAAACCGUUCUAAUUGCCCACGAGAACAGUGGUUUUGACCACUAUAAUUCUCCGUGUUUGAGAGGAACGAGGGAAGAAAGGAUCUUACUGAUCCCUUGUGGCUGUGCAGAUACCUACCUCACAGAGUUGUAGACGACUGCAGUUUAGUUCAAAUUUUGUGAUUGAAACUUGUCAAGUAUUUUAUUCUUUUGAAUAAAAGCAACAUAUCUAAAAAAU